AUGAGGAAGACGGUGGUGGGAUCAGCCUCCACGGCGGGAGGCUGGCCGUGCGGUCUGAAUCUCAACGUGGUGUUCCUGCUCUCCAUGGUGGCCACCAACCUGCUCUCCCUCUACCACCUCUCCAUCCGUGCCUCCUCCAACACUCCGCCGCUCCAAUCCGGCCCCGACUUCGACCAGCAGCAGGUCUUCCAGCAGCUCAACGCCAUCCGCGCCACCGUCUCCCACCUCCGGUCCGCCACCCCUCCGCCUCCCCCCGAGCUCGUCCUCUACGCCCGCCUUGCCCCCGUCGGCUCCGCCUGCUCCGCUCACCCCGACCUCCUCCACCGGUUCAUGUCCUACGUCCCCUUCGCCGCCUGCCCCGACGACGUGCACACCCUCGCCGAGCCCCUCAUCCUCCGCGGCUGCCACCCGCUCCCCAGGCGCCGGUGCUUCUCCCCCACGCCCUCCGCCGCCGCCGGAUCCGUCCAGCUCCCCACCGACCCCUUCGCGCCGCUCCCCGACUCCGCCGUCCGCUGGCCGCCCGCGACGGACGCGAAGAAAUGCAGGUCCUUCUCCUGCCUGCCGCCGUCGUUGGGGUUCGACGUGGCGCGGACGGAGGCCAGCAAGUUCCUCCGGGCGCGGGGUCCCCUGGACUUGACUGUGCCGCAGCUGCUGCGCCUGGCGUCGAUGAGCCGCGCGGGGCCCAUCCGGCUCGGCCUCGACGUGGGCGGCGGCACGGGGACGCUGGCGGCGCGGCUGAAGCGGGCGGCGAACGCGACGGUGCUGACGACGACCAUGGACCUGGGCGCGCCCUACUCGGAGGCGGCGGCGGCGCGCGGGGUGGUGCCGCUGCACGCGCCGCUGCAGCAGCGCUUCCCGGUCGGGGACGGGACGAUGGACGUGGUGCGGACGGGGCACGCCGUGAACCGGUGGAUCCCCGAGGCGGCGCUGGAGUUCCUGUGGUACGACUCCGACCGGGUGCUGCGGCCCGGCGGGCUGCUGUGGGUGGACCACCUGUGGUGCCGGAAGGGCGACCUGGAGGGCGUGUACGCCGCCAUGCUGCGGAGGCUGGGAUACAAGACCAUCAAGUGGGCCGUCGCCGACAAGACCGGCAGCGGCGCCAAGGACGAGCUCGUCUACCUCACCGCGCUGCUGCAGAAACCAUUCUAGCCAGGUUGCAGAUGUUGACCAACCUCGGCAAUUACUGGGAGCUCUUGAGAUUCACAGCGCAUUCUCGUUCGCUCCAUGUACCAGAGUGUCGAAAACGAACAGUCGACGUGUCGAUGUGAAAGUAACAAUCGGCGAGACGCAGUGCAGUUUUGUAGGAGAGUAUCCUCAACUUGG